AUGUGGUGUUUUGAUGGUAUGAGUGAAGGUACUCUGCAGUAUUGGAAAGACUUAGAACUGAAGCAAGUAAAGCGUUUGAUGGCUUUUCCACCUACACUUAGCCCAUCUUCCUUCAAUGAGCUCAAGAAGAUUCUUUCUUCAAAGAGCAGAGAAGAGAUUGUGGGCUACUAUUACAACGUGACGCUUUUUCAGUAUAGAGCAAAUCAGAAUAGAAAGACUCCUGAUGAGGUAGACAGUGAUACUGAUCAAUACUACAACCUUGCACCAGGGAAUGGAGAUCCAACCAUGGAAGCCAGCACCUCUGAGAAACCUGUCAUGCAUCCCCGCUCCUACUUGUUCCUUUGA